UUUAAAGAAAACAGUCAACCCCUAGUGUGUGCGCUUCCACUGUUCCUAAGUACCAAAGUAUAUAACUCAAAGUUAGUAUCAACAUUUUUUGGAUUACUUUUCCGGUAUUAAUUACGGAGUAAUUAAUUAAUUAAUUAAUUAAUUAAUCCGGUUGCUAUGGAGGAGAGAAGGUAAAUAUCAGCAUCCUGUUGUUAAGGUAAAGUCUCAAUCACUUCCAUCCUCUCCAAUCCAUUUUAUCUUUCACGAUCACUCUCUUCACCCUACCCUCCAUUUCUUAUCAUCUCAGAACUUCCGCGUCUCCAUCUACCACCGGCGCCACCGCCACCCGAUUAGCCGCCUGAUUCGUGGUCUCUUGCUUCAAGUGAAUUUCAUUGAUGCUGGUCAAGUGAGCAUCAGUGUUUAUAUGCAUACGCGUGCGACAUCCGCGGGCUAUCCCCUUGAAGGAUGAUAGUAAAGACUACUAGGGUUUAGGGCUUUUUUAUGGCGUCAGGUGCGGCUUCUGCGACGGCUUCGAUAUCGCAGAGCCUGAGAGAUGCCUACAAGGGAAUGUCCUCCGACAACGUCAAGGGAUUGGUUCUCGCUUUAUCGUCCAGCCUAUUCAUCGGUGCGAGCUUCAUUGUAAAGAAAAAAGGUUUAAAAAAGGCCGCGGCUUAUGGCAUCAGGGCAGGAGUGGGAGGAUAUUCUUACCUAGCUGAGCCGCUUUGGUGGGUGGGAAUGAUUACCAUGGUUGUAGGAGAAGUUGCAAAUUUUGCAGCUUAUGCAUUUGCACCAGCUAUUCUGGUCACUCCUCUUGGUGCACUUAGCAUCAUCAUAAGCGCAGUGCUUGCACACAUUAUUUUGCGAGAGAAGCUACACACAUUUGGCAUUCUCGGUUGUGCAUUAUGUGUUGUGGGAUCCACCACAAUUGUGCUGCAUGCUCCUCAAGAACGGCAGAUUGAAUCAGUGAAAGAAGUGUGGGACCUAGCUACUGAGCCAGGGUUUCUUUUUUAUGCAGCAGUGGUGACGGCAGCUGUUUUUAUUAUUAUAUUAUACUGUAUACCAAAAUAUGGGCAGACACACAUAAUGUGCUAUAUUGGAGUUUGUUCCCUAGUAGGUUCCUUAUCGGUGAUGAGUGUAAAAGCAAUUGGUAUUGCUCUAAAGUUGACAUUAUCAGGAAUGAAUCAACUAAUAUAUCCCCAGACAUGGGCAUUUACUUUGGUCGUCGUGGUUUGUGUGCUUACCCAAAUGAAUUACUUAAAUAUGGCUCUUGACACAUUCAACACAGCAGUUGUUUCACCGAUAUACUAUGUUAUGUUUACAUCUUUAACCAUUUUGGCUAGUGUGAUCAUGUUCAAGGACUGGGACAGGCAGAAUCCUACACAAAUUGUGACUGAAAUUUGUGGGUUUGUGACGAUACUUUCUGGGACCUUUCUCCUGCACAAAACCAAAGACAUGGUUGAAGGUUCUGCAACACGAAUUCCAAAGCACGCUGACGAGGAGGGUGGUUUUGGUCAAGAGGGCAUUCCUUUGAAACAACGGCAAGAUGCCUCUAGAUCGCCCUAAUGUAUUUUGAGUUUUUCUUUUCUUUAAUUUUCUUUUUCCUCAUUAUGAACACACUUGUGUAUUAUACUAAGAAAUAGGAUAUUCUUUACCGAAUUAGUAAGCACAGAAAAAGUAAAGGCUUUCGGUCGUUCCCCUUUCUAUUUAUGUGGGAAAGAACAUGAAUAUUUUCAUAUCUUUGAGGGGAAGUGUUGCUAGUUUGAACAAACUGACCCUUUAAUGUUCGCUGAGGGUCAAAUUUACUUCAUUGAUUCUUUUUAGGGAAAGAAAUAGAAAAGGCGCUUUAACUUC